AUGCAGGAAAAAUAUAUGAUCAAAAUUAAUUUUGCUAUUAUCAAGACUAUAAGGCAGUGGUAUUUUAUGUGUCUGUUUCAGUCGCUCGCAGCGUUUGCUCCGUCGCACGCGCACUUUAAUUCAAAUUCAAAUAAUGAACGGACAAUCAAUUAUUUCUUGAAUCUUGUCGAUCUACUACGCUUCUAUAAUAUCGUUAGUGUGUUAUACAAUUUUGUUGCUUUUAAUUGGGACUGUUGUCUUAAAGAUAAUAUUAUGGAAGGUCCCGCAGGACCAUCAUGUCGCCUGUCAAGCGAUGACGUGGCAGGGCACAGUCAGGACACAAAUGACAACUGUCAGAAUGACAGCUGUCAAUGUGACAGGACACAGGCUGAGGUCAAGAUAAAAAGCAAGAGGUUUGGCAGAGGAGCCGUUGAGUCAGGUCUGACACACGAAUGCGGCGUGUUCGGUGCUAUAGGGACGGGAGAAUGGCCGACGCAGGUCGACGUGGCACAGGUUAUAUGUCUCGGGCUGGUGGCGCUACAACAUCGAGGUCAAGAAUCCGCGGGCAUAGUGACGUCAGAGGGCAAGAGCGCCCGCACCUUCAACUCGCACAAGGGCAUGGGACUCAUAAACAACAUAUUCAACGACGACGCCAUGAGGAAACUCAAGGGGAACCUGGGGAUAGGACACACGAGAUAUUCGACAUCAGCCGCCAGUGAGGAGGUAAACUGCCAGCCGUUCGUGGUCCACACGGCGCACGGCGCGCUCGCUGUGGCACACAACGGAGAACUCGUGAACUGUAGCAGUCUGAGGAAGAUGGUGCUGGGUCGCGGCGUGGGUCUCUCGACUCACUCGGACUCGGAGCUGAUCACGCAGGCGCUGUGUCUGAACCCGCCGGAGGGAGAGACGGACGGACCCGACUGGCCCGCCAGGAUCAACCAUCUCAUGAGGCUGGCUCCUUUGAGUUACUCGUUGGUGAUCAUGUUGAAAGACAAGAUAUACGCUGUCCGCGACCCUUACGGGAACAGGCCGCUGUGUCUCGGGAAGAUAUUACCACUCGGAUCAUCCUAUGCCUACAAAUCCUCAUCAUCGAAGCAUGCGGCGGUUUUGUUGAACGGCUGUGCUAAGAACGGUAUGGAUGACAAGCCAGAGGGGUGGGUGGUGUCGUCUGAAUCGUGCGGAUUCUUGUCUAUUGGAGCUCGUUACGUCCGCGAGGUCCUUCCUGGAGAGAUCAUUGAGAUGUCCCGCCGCGGUAUAAGAACAGUGGACGUGGUGGAGCGGCCGGCCGGGAAACAACAAGCGUUCUGUAUCUUCGAAUAUGUGUACUUCGCUCGGGCUGAUAGUAUUUUUGAAGGUCAGAUGGUGUAUUCAGCUCGCUUGCAGUGCGGUCGUAUGUUGGCGCGCGAGUCUCCUGUAGACGCGGACAUCGUGUCGUCCGUGCCGGAGUCAGGAACCGCCGCCGCUCACGGAUACGCUAGACAGUCGGGUAUCCCGUUCAUGGAGGUGUUGUGUAAGAACCGCUACGUGGGCCGCACCUUCAUCCAGCCGUCCACUCGCCUCCGUCAGCUCGGCGUGGCCAAGAAGUUCGGCGCUCUGUCCGAGAACGUGCGCGGGAAACGGAUCGUGCUCAUAGACGACUCCAUCGUCAGGGGGAACACUAUAGGACCGAUUAUAAAGCUGCUGAGAGACGCCGGCGCCGCUGAGGUCCAUAUCCGGAUAGCGUCCCCGCCCCUCAAGUACCCGUGCUACAUGGGGAUCAAUAUCCCCACCAGAGAGGAACUCAUCGCUAACAAGAUGGACCCCUUCAAACUCGCUGAGCACGUCGGCGCAGACAGUCUAGAGUAUUUAAGUGUGGAAGGUCUGGUGAGCGCGGUUCACUAUAACAUGAAGACGACCCCCAGCGACGGCGUGGGCGGUCACUGCACGGCGUGCCUCACGGGCGACUACCCCGGCGGGCUGCCCGACGACGCCGACUGGUGA